CGGAUUGUUUUGUAGGCUCUCGAACGAUCUUUGAUGUCAUGUAAUAGGCUACUGCACACAAUUAUUAGAACGUUUUAGAUAUUCACUUAGGUUUGUUUGUUGUUCUGGGUGGAGAGGUCGUCGUUGGUUGUCCACAAGAUAGACUAUGUCUACUGUUGUUCAUUAAAAAAUGAAGGCUGAUUAAUUAAAGAUAUUUGGAACAGAUUUUACUGCGUAAGCAAAACAGUAUUUGUAUUUGAGGAAGUACCUCUGGGAGAGAGUUGUGCAAUUCAGUAUGUCGAUGUAACAGUUUGUUGAAUUUGAAGAUGAUAUCCUAAGCAUUCAGUGCAUCACACUUCGGUUAAGGGAAGAGCUGUGGUGUCAGUGUGGUCCUUGUUUCAGAAAAUUUUGAUGCUUCGAGCAAUAAUAAUAUUGUCUUAUAUUUGUAAUAAGGGUCUAGGUCAUGUUUUUAGACUUAACAGAUCAUUGAAAAAUACAGUCUUUUACCAAAAAGCUUCAUAUAAUAAGUACGUGUACAAUAAAAAGACAGACUAUGUAGUCACCUGCAGGGCAACUGCAAAAUUACACCUACACGUAUUAGAGACUAUAGGCCAUAUAUGUACAAUAUGCGGUUGGUUUUACAGUGGGAUUUUAACAUUUCAAUUAAAAUUCCAUUCCAAUUUUUUAAAUUUCAUUUCAUUUAUUUGUUUAUUUUUUUCAGCAAGCCGAGCGUAGAAAUCUUCCAGAACGCUCUUAAGGUGACCUAUAAGAUGUUUAAUUUAUAUGUAAAAUCUAUAAAUACAAAGGAACACAAUAAGAGCUGGGCAUAAUUAUGUAGCUUUUCUGUGUUAAUGACGAGUUAAAUGGUUGUACAUGAAAACCACCGCUAGGUGGUGAUCUACCACUUUGCUGGCUGCACAAGCAGGAUAAAGCUCGAUUUUUGAAGCUAACCAAUCAAUGCAACAGAUGCUGGAAUGUGAAGUUAAACGGCAAGGAAUAAGACCUGAUCCUAUAGAUUCCAGAUCCUUCAAAAUGUUUACUUUUCCUAGCAUUGACAUUAUACAGAAAAUGGUCUUAUCAGGUUUUUUGAAACUUCUACAAACCUCUUGGUAUUGCAACAAUGUCACAGUUUGCAUGUUGAAUUUCUGAAAAUUAAGUGUUUAUUUAAUCUGUUUUGUUUAAUCUAAUGGAAUGUAUCCAUUGUAUAGACUGUUUGUCUCGUUCUGAACAGUCAAUUUCUGUGAGUUUUGUUAAUUUAGUUUUGUUAAGCCAUGUGUGGGCUAUAAACACAAAAUAUGUAAAUAAGUUUACUUGUAUUCGGUGUCAUUAAAUAGUUUUUUUUUUAUGUUUGAUUUUUAUAACAACGUUUUCGCACCACAUUUCACAUUUAAACUGAAGAAGACUGGCAGAAAGCAGAAUGAACGAAGCCCGGCCUCAUGAAAAUGCGAAUCAAUAGCACGAUUUUAGGUUUCUACUUGGCGUGCUGUUUAUACGCAGAAAUUAACUUUGGCGUGCAUGUAAUACACACGUGUUUGACGUACAGAUAAUACGCACCUACCCCACACCCUAAUCCUAAACAUUGCAUAUCAUAUGUAGGCCAAAGUCAAUUUCUGCGUAUAGAUAUACGCCAAAUAGAAACAUAAACUCGUGGUAUUGAUACGCACAUUCAUGAGAUCGGGUUAUCUUACCGGAGCUGUCGGGUCUUCAGGUGCUGAACUAGGGCCGAAAAUAUCCAAUAUCUCCAGGACUCUAGCAGUGAAUUAAAUUUUUCCCACAGUUUCAUUUGUUCAGACUAUUUAUUCAUUAAUUUAUUUGCAACAUUUCUUGUUUACUAAGUGCAAUUUUAUCAAUAUAUUCCAGUUUACUUCAAACUAAAAUGAGCUGUUUGUCAGAUCAAUUUAGGUUUUCGUUAAUAAAUGAACGUUUCUACAUAUUGCUUAGGUUGCCAUGUCUGUUACAAAAAGUGUUUUUAUUAAAAGUGUUUGACCAAGACCAGCUACUUUGUCGCGCUUAGUUCUUUUCAUCAUCAUAACAUUACAUCAGAUGCUGAUUCCCCCCAAUUCAAGGAAACGGGCACAACACAAGAAAUAGUAUGAAAGCUGUUUUUUCUGUAACCGUUUUAUAUUGCUUUAGAAUUCAGAGACAUUUUCUCUGUUGCUUUUAAAAACAGUAAUUUACAAGUAAAUGAACUUAAAUCCUAAAGUAAGUUAUAAGAUAUGGCAAGUGUUUUAUGUUGUAGAGGGUCUCAUUAAUCGUUUCUUUUUGAAGACAUAAAUAUUGAGAAUUGAACUAAAUCAAAAAUUAAAAAAACAAAAUCCUGUUUUCAAACCAAAUAGGUAGGCUAUUAUGAGGAAUUAUUAUGAGUAUUUUAAUUGGGUAUGCAAUACUUGAGAAUCAAUUAAUUUAUUUGAUGUGUUCUUGUUGACUAUUGUUUAUUUCAAACAUCUAGUUACGUGUGUUUUUGAAUCUACUAAAUCUGUUAGACAAUCUGCUGCGCGUUUUGUGUGCAGGUCACGGCGCAUCGUUUCAGAAGAUACAAUUUUUCUACUGCAGAGUCGUUACCCUUUGAAUGACCCCAUCGCGUGCUCGCCUCCAGUCUGAUGGUAUAGGUAGUCCCGCCUGUAACCAGAGGGUGGCGCGCCGCUACAAUCUUGCAGAACACACAACAGCUAGUUCGGUGAAACUCUUGUUGCGCGUUCCCGUGUCCAAACAAUUCCAUCCUGAUUUCCUGCUUACGCGUGAGUUUACCGCUGGAGGUCACAAAAUAGGAUUUACGACUGGUCAACAAAAACACGUGACUCUAAGCCUUACCCCAUAUUUGGGAGUCUACGUAAGGGAGCAUUAAGUCUGUGUCUAACUCAUUUCCAUAAUUCAUCAUAAAUUGUGCAAGGGUGCAAUAGAUGCUCCAAACCAUCAAGAGACACAAAUCAAACACGCACGGUAGAAUUGUUCUCUCCAUAAAGGUAGUUGUAGUAACUAAAAAUAAUUAUAAGAUAACUGUCAAUCAAUGAGCUCAUAUUUUGGGAACUCAUUUUGCGGUCACUAUCCAAAUGGCGCGGACUAUCCCUUACAUAACUAUGGAGAUCAUAGCUCUAGUGGCCAAUGCGGAGAUUCUCCGGGCAUGCAUUCGGGCAGGUAUGCUUUUGGUUACAAUGGAAUGGAUCUUAGCACCGGGCGCUCUACCACCGGACACUUUCUCUCGUCUGGUGAGCGAACUCAAAGCUACACAGACAGUCCAGCUGCGACGCCUGUCCGGUACAAUCAACCGGUUACCGCGAGCAGCGCUGAGAUUUCCUCUGACCCUCUCCCCUGCCCAUCCUUAGCCAACUCUCCUGUCAGCGAGCAGUCACACCGCGCCCUGAAAACCUCACUACCGAGCACCGCUGGCUCUGCGACCAACAGCAUCGGGACGGUUCUCAGUCGCGAGGACGUUUCUAAAGCGUCCAGCACUAUGGAGGAAGAAAAGCCACCGGGAAGUGCCCAGACAGCGGCACAGAAUGUAUCUGACGCGCCGCAGAUUUAUCCAUGGAUGCGAAAACUUCAUAUAAGUCAUGACAGUUUGACCGGACCGGAGGGGAAAAGGCCCAGGACAGCCUACACACGCUACCAGACACUUGAGCUUGAGAAGGAGUUCCACUUCAACCGGUACCUGACACGUCGCCGUCGUAUUGAGAUUGCACACACGCUCUGUCUCUCAGAGAGGCAAAUCAAAAUAUGGUUUCAAAACCGCAGAAUGAAAUGGAAAAAGGACAACAAGUUGAAGAGUAUGAAUAUGGCGGGUGCAGGAAGCGGAUACCGGCAGUGAAAAUGUAUAUAUAUGUUGUAUAUGUGCAUAUAUAAAUUAAAUCUGUUAGUGUUUGAAUGUAUGUGUGUCUGUAUGUGUGAAUGUAGGUAUGUGUGUAUGUUUCCUUAUUCUAAGUGUGUGUUCGACAAGGGGAUGAAGACUUUGCCCAUUUCACAAAAGAACUUUCCACUGGUCUUGAAAGAGUGAACGCCCUGAGUUGCGUCCUUGGUCAGAAAAAAAAAAAUAAAACAAACACUUCCUCUCUGUGUCUUCAUGUAAUGUUGCGUAUGUGGAUAGAUCAUUGCAUUGUCUUAGAAAUGCCACAUGAAGGUGUAAAUUAAUAUAACACGUAGGCUAUUGACGAAAAAAAAAAGUUUCUGAAAGGUGCAUUU